AUGGAUGAGGCAGCAGUGGAGCCGACCCUGGUGCAGACACUCGCUGUGAGCGCCAUUGAAGGCCGAUAUCUGUCUCUGUCUCCCUCCUUCCAGCGCUGCUCGCUCGCCUCCUGGAUUACAGAAAACAUCAAGAAGAAAGAGUGCUGCUUCUAUGUGGAGGAUGGCAGGGAGGGGAUUUGUAAGUGUGGUCACCCAAAGAUCCAGCACUGCGAUGAGGCCAUCAAACCGGAGGACUAUAUGGGGGAGCAGUGGGACAGACACAGACACGUCAGAGAGGUGCCCACCGAUGCCUUUGGAGAUAUCAGCUUUGGAGGACUUGGACAGAAAACCGGGAAGUAUGUUCGGGUGUCGUCGGACACGUCCUGUGAGAGUCUGUACCAGUUGAUGACCGAACACUGGAAACUGCGUUCGCCGAACCUGCUGAUAUCAGUGACCGGCGGAGCCAAAAACUUCUACAUAAAGACUCACCUGAAGGACAAGUUCCGCCGGGGCCUCAUCAAAGUCGCCCAGACCACAGGUGCGUGGAUCCUGACAGGAGGGACACACGCCGGUGUGAUGAAGCACGUGGGCAUGGCCGUGCGAGAUCACACACUCAGCAGCGGUUUGAUGGAGGGACAGAACGUCGUCAUUGGUGUGGCACCCUGGGGAGUCAUUCACAACCGACACGCACUCGUCCAUCCUGAGGGUUGUUUCCCUGCGUACUACGCUCUGGACGAGCAGGGUCAGGGCUGUCUCUCCUGCCUCGAUAACAAUCACACUCACUUCCUGCUGGUGGAUGAUGGCACUCACGGACAUUAUGGUGUUGAGAUUGAGCUGCGGGCCCGUCUGGAGAAACUCAUCUCUCAGCAAUCGCUGGGAAACAGAGAGAGUGGAGUGACAAUACCAGUGGUCUGUGUGGUAUUGGACGGUGGUCCAGGAACACUAAACACAAUCUACAAUGCAAUGCUGAAACACACGCCGUGUGUGGUGCUGGAGGGCUCUGGACGCCUGGCGGACGUCAUCGCUCAGGUGGCGGCUCUGCCCGUGUCAAAGGUCACCCUGGUCCUCAUCAACCAGCUCAUGAAGAGGUUUUUUGGACAAGAGUACAGAAGCUUCACUGAGGUGCAGGUCAUCGAGUGGACCAAGAAGAUUCAGGACAUCAUCCGAAUGCCUCAUUUGCUCACUGUGUUUCGGAUUGACGAGGAUAAAAACUACGAUGUUGACGUUGCCAUUCUACAGGCUCUGCUGAAAGCCUCCAGAAGCGAUGAGCAUGCGGGCCGACAGUCGUGGGAGAGACAGCUGGAGCUCGCCGUGGCCUGGAACCGAGUGGACAUCGCCGAGAGCGAGAUCUUCACCGAGGAGAGCCAGUGGACGUCGUGUGAUCUGCAUCCGGCCAUGUUUUCUGCUCUGGUGGGCGACAAACCCGAGUUCGUGCGGCUCCUGCUGGAGAAUGGAGUGUGUGUGAGGAAGUUUCUGGAGCAUGAGGACACGCUCGGUGAGCUUUACGCCCACCUUCCCACCUGCUUCUUCCUGCGCAAACUCGCCAAACGAGUCCAGGGUGGAAAAAUCCGCAGGGGUCAUGACCAGCCGCCUGGAAGCUCCAAGAUCUCCUUGAGUCACGUGGCUGAAGAAGUGCGCCACCUGCUGGGGAGUUUCACACAUCCGCUAUACAAGCUGUCGCGCUACAACAUGACCGAAGAUGAUGUCCGUCUAGUGGUGCUGUCCAAAGGUCUGGUGGAUCUGCCGUGUUCGGAUGAAGACUGGACCCCAGACACGGUUUGGGACCCAGGACGGGAUCUGUUCCUCUGGGCCGUCGUACAGAAUAACACAGAACUGGCAGAGAUCGGCUGGGAGCAGUGCAGAGACUGUAUCGCAGCCGCUCUGGCAGCCAGUAAGAUCUUGAGGAAACUGGCGCAGGAGAGCGGAGAGGACGACAGCGAAGAGGCAAAGGAAAUGGGAGAACUUGCCAGCCACUACGAGAAACAAGCCAUCGGUGUGUUCACUGAGUGUCACGGCUGGGAUGCGCAGCGGGCGCAGAAGCUGCUGAUCCGCAUCUCUCCGUCGUGGGGCAGAAGCACCUGUCUGUGGCUUGCGCUCGAGGCUGACGCUAAGAGCUUCAUCGCUCACUCAGGAGUCCAGGCUCUGCUGACUCAGAUCUGGUGUGGAGAGCUGUCCGUGGAUAAUCCACACUGGAAAGUGCUGCUUUGCAUGAUCUUCUUUCCUCUCAUCUACACCGGCUUCCUGACCUUCAGACGAGAUGAAGUCAUCCAGAGACAGGCCGAGAGGACGGAGCAGCAGAAACUGGCCAUGGAUGCAGUCUUUUCUGGAAGCUCAGAUGUCAAAAUCAAACGGCAUUACCGCGGCUCCUCGCAGAAGUCUGAGCUGAAGCCUCUGAACUGUUCGUCUCGUCUGAUGAGUCUGUUCACGUCGCCUCAAGUCAAGUUUUACUGGAACAUCGCCUCGUAUUUUGGCUUCCUGUGGCUGUUUGCCGUGGUGCUCAUGAUCGAUUUCCAGGCCUAUCCGUCGUGGAGGGAACUUCUGCUGUACGUGUGGCUCACCUCGCUGGUGUGUGAGGAGGUUAGACAGUUCUGUCAUGACUUCGACGGCUUUGGUUUCCGGAGGAAAGCGAAGAUGUACAUCAGUGAUCUGUGGAACAUUCUGGAUGUGCUGUCCAUCAUGCUGUUCAUUGUUGGUCUGAUGAUGGAUUUGUUCUUCUUCAUGUUUCUGCUCAGUAUCUGGGUGGUGGCGUAUGGCGUGGCCAAGCAGGGCAUUUUGAUUCACAAUGAAGACAGACUGAACUGGAUCAUCCGUGGAGCCGUCUAUGAGCCCUACCUCAUCAUAUUCGGCAGCGUCCCCACUAAUAUAGACAACACUCAGUUUGAUGUGGGCAGCUGUAGUGUGAACGGCUCCGAUCCUCUGAAGCCCAAAUGUCCCGUGCUGAACGAUGAGAACAUGUCGGCCUUCCCAGAAUGGCUGACCAUCAUCAUGCUGUGUGUCUAUCUGCUGUUCGCCAACAUCCUGCUGCUCAACCUCCUCAUUGCCAUCUUCAACUACACGUUCCAGGGGGUCCAGGACAACACAGACACCAUCUGGAAGUUCCAGCGCUACGAGCUGAUUAAGGAGUACCACAGUCGACCCGCUCUUCCUCCACCCUUCAUCCUCCUCAGUCACCUCAUCCUCUUCAUCAGAGGAGUGCUGCUGCGCUACCCUCCACAGAGACACAAACACUUCAGACAGGAACUGGAGCAGACUGAGGAAGAGGAGCUGUUGUCAUGGGAGGCCUACAUGAAGGACAACUAUCUGGCAUCGACACGACAGGACGAGAGCCAGAGCGUGGAGCAUCGUAUCCAGGACACCGCAGAGAAGGUUGGUGUGAUGUCAGAACUUCUGGAGCGCGAGCCGGAGAUGGUUUCUGCCACCGUGGCAAAACGACUGUCCAGGCUUGAAGAGCAGGUCUCGGACUCCACCAAAGCUUUACGAUGGAUUAUAGAUGCACUGAAAUCUCAGGGAUGCAAAUCCAAAAUGCAGCCGCCACUAAUGACAGGUAAAAGCUCUGACAGAGAUGAUGGUGAAUCCAGUGGACAGGAGACAGAUGAAGAAACGGCUCCUCACACGUUUGCACGUCAGCUUCAGUAUCCCAGCAGUACCGUCAAACGCUUCCCCGUGCCUGAGGAGAAGGUGCCCUGGGAGGUAAACUUCACUCCAUAUCUUCCCCCAGUUUACAGUCAACAGGACAGCAGCGACUCUGACGCUUCAGUCUUGGACAAGCACAGGAAUCCAGGAGGAAGGACUGGGAUUCGGGGAAAAGGGGCUCUGAAAUCCCUCGGUCCGAAUCACAUUGUCCACCCAAUCCUCACCAGGUGGAGAUAUGCUAAGCAUAUAUUGAGUCAAUCCUAAAUUUUUGUUCCUAAACUUUUUUUCUUGCAGUGCACAGCUAAACCUGAUGAGCCUCUAGCACAGACACUGGAGAGGAUUCUGGGUAAAAAGUUACAUGACAAGACCAAGUCUAAACUAGAGACUGGAGAAGAGGUGUAUAAGGGUUAUGUAGAUGACAGCAGGAACACCGAUAAUGCCUGGAUAGAGACCACCAUCAUCACACUUCACUGUGACAAACGCACUCCGCUCAUGGCAGAUAUGAACCACAUUGUCGAGAGCUCGCUGUCGUCUCAUCAGCUGCUCCAGUGGUGGGAAGUGAGCAGCACCGCUUGUGUGUGUCCGUACCAACGAGAGGCUCUGCGUCAGAUAGCACAGUGUCAUAACACACACUUCUGACCCUCAGGAAAACACACAAACACACUCUGCACUCCUAUGUGUCUUUAAAGGUGUGGCAUUUCUGUGCCACAAACUGUGGAAGAUUGUUUCUGCCACAGAAU